AUGACAGAUGCUACCUUUUCACUACCAGAAACUUCGGCUGAGAAGACAGCCUGUAUGACCGGGAUACCCUGCAAAUUCCUGGGGGGGAUUGUUCAUGAAGUUUUGCAGUUUCUCAAAUGGGAUACCAAGAGCUAUCGUGAUUGUCAGCCUACAUUGAUGUUCUUGAUCUUAUUAAAGACGUUGGCCCGAGUCCCUUUUAUCGGUGAGGAUGGUGAAAUUCAGUGCUGCUCUGUUACCCAUUCAAUACAAAUGGAGCUUUUUCAACGCAUGCAAGAAUUCGAGGUCGACAAAAUUCUCCAACUAGAGAAGGGCAAAGGAUAUCCAGUCAGAUCCAAACACAUUGACGUCAAACAUCACUUUAUACACGAAAAAGUGGAAGAAGGUGUCAUUGACACCAAACGAGUGGCCACAAAGGAUAACUUGGCCGAUAUAUUCACCAAAGCCUUAGCUGGACCAACACACAAUGAGCAGGUGGAUCGCCUUAACAUGUUGUCAGGGGGAGCAGCAAGAAAGACGGUACAGACUACAUUGAGAAAGAGACAGGAAGGUAGAGUGAGGAUGAAUCACGCUAUGGGAUUCUUUUGA